AUGGAUGGGAGGAACGGCGACACUCUGAGUUCCGAGAAUUGCAGAUCGGGUGACACCGGGGGCACGCGAAGCCAAAAUCGCAAGAACAGUAAAAGCGGCAGCAGCAGGAACACCGGCGGCGGCGGCUCGAAGAUGUUUCAUGGUUCAGGGGCGAACUCAGGGCAUGCUGCUUAUACAAAAUUUGGUCCGACCAUUCCGGAUGAUGUGCUUGACGAUAUUUGCUUCCGAUUCCUUAUCAAUAUCCCUGAAGAUCAGGUAAACGAAGCUUUCCAUUGCCUAAUCUAA